GUUUCGGUGAGGCAGCCCACAGUUCCAAUGCCGGCAAGGCCGAUUGCUCCGCCGCGCAACCAGUCGCUGCGUGCCUCGCCGCGCCCUCAACUGCUGCAUCAACGCACUAAUGUCUCCCAACUUCUGGCUGAGCCCAACCAACUAUGGUCCAAAUCAUCUAGACGUUUAGAGACUCAAAGUAGUAUGAGGGUUCCUCAUGCCCUUCAACAAUAUUUGGACUUCAAGUCGCCGUUCACAAGGCAGGGUUCAAGGGCUCCAGUGAGCAAAAGGGUGGACCCAUCGACGGUGGAUUCCGACAAUUCGUUUGUCAGCUGCGGCAGGCGGAGCGUGGACCGUGGCUUCUCGGGGGCGUUGUCCUACGCCACCUGCAGAGACUCGUAUCGACUUUCUAACGUCUCUGAGUCGGAAACUUCCAGCCCCGGUCCGCCUCCGCCUUCGCCUUCGCCUACAUUGGAAAUCGAAAGUGGAAUGAACAAGUCCAUUGAUAAUAACAACUUCUCUUCUUACUCUCAGGAUCUCUCCUCUUGCUCCAUAGAAAGCGACACAUUCACUCGCCCUUCUCAUUCUCAUGCCCAGGACGAUGUUGAAGCUGAGAUGAGAAGGCUGAAACUGGAGCUCAAACAAACCAUGGACAUGUACAGUACGGCCUGUAAAGAAGCCCUAAAUGCUAAUCAAAAGGCGACCGAGCUCCAUCGCUGGAAAGUGGAAGAAGAGCAAAGGUUCGAAGAGGCGAGAAUGGCGGAGGAAGCAGCAUUAGCAAUGGCAGAGAGGGAGAAGAUGAAAUGCCAAGCAGCAAUUAAGGCAGCCGAAGCCGCUCAGAAGAUCGCAGAACUCGAGGCGAGGAAAAGAGAGAAUGCAGAGAGAAUGGCAGACAUGGAGGCAGAGGAAACGAAAAAAGCACUCUCAGGAUUCGGCCAUGGAGAAAUUGGAUACAGAAAAUACACAAUCGAAGAAAUUGAAAUCGCCACGAACCACUUCUCUAAUUCUUUGAAGAUCGGCGAAGGCGGUUACGGUCCAGUCUUCCGUGGAAAACUCGACCACACGCCGGUGGCUAUCAAGGUUCUCCGGCCGGACGCUGCUCAUGGCCGAUCGCAAUUUCAGCAAGAAGUUGAAGUUCUAAGCUGUAUUCGACAUCCGAAUAUGGUUUUACUUCUCGGAGCCUGUCCUGAGAACGGUUGUUUAGUUUACGAAUUCAUGGGGAACGGAAGCUUAGAAGACUGUCUCUUCCGAAAAGCCAACAAUCCAGUUCUUUCAUGGCAGUUACGAUUCCGAAUCGCGGCGGAGAUCGCGACCGGACUGCUCUUCCUGCACCAACACAGACCAGAGCCGAUCGUACACCGCGAUCUGAAACCAGGGAACAUUUUGCUAGAUCGGAACUACGUGAGCAAAAUCAGCGACGUCGGACUGGCGAGGCUAGUUCCUCUAUCGGUGGCCGAUUCAGUGACUCAGUAUCGGAUGACGGCUACGGCAGGAACGUUCUGCUACAUCGAUCCAGAGUAUCAGCUAACAGGAUUGCUAGGGAUUCAAUCCGACAUUUACUCGCUGGGCGUGAUGCUUCUGCAAAUAGUCACUGGCAGGCCGCCGAUCGGACUAGCACACGCCGUCGAGAGGGCGAUUAAGAAGGGAAAAUUUGCAGAAAUGCUUGAUCCGGAGGUAAAGGACUGGCCAUUUGAAGACGCGCUGAAGUUCGCGAAGCUUUCGAUGAAAUGUACAGAGAUGAGGAAGAGGGAUCGGCCGGAUCUUGGGAAGGUGGUGCUGCCGGAGCUCAAUCGGUUGAGAGCGAUGGCGGAAGAGAGUAUGAGAAUUCGGGCGUUCAACCGCAGCAGUGCAUCUUCAUCGCCAUAUACAAGCCAGACUUCUUCUUCUCAGGAACCAAUGAGAAUACAUCAAGAGCAGUGCGGAUCUUGGGUUGAAAGCUCAAGCAGCCAAUCAAAUAGUAGCACGUCAUCAUAGUAAGGCUAACAACCUUAUUGGCUGGACUAGCAAAUCUAUUCUUUUCUUCUUUUUAUUUAGGAUAAAAAUAUGUAAUAAUUUUUUCAACAUAUUUAUCUCUCAUUUCCUAAC